GUGAGUCUGAUUGGUUGAACCGAGUGAAGCAUUUCAGACAAGGAAGUAGUCAAAUAUGUGACAGUACAGUCUAGUUUAGAUGCUAAAUAAACAUGAUUUCAGGUGCGUUUUAUGCAUUAUUAGCGGGCUUUCUUGGAGCCGUCGCUUCCUCGUCAGCCAAGCUAUCUCUGGGCUCAGAUUACCUCAAAGGGAUGUGUGAAACAGGGCUGAAAACCUGGUCUCAGGAUGGAGACUACAGGAUUAUUCAGGAGGAAACAUCACCCUGCGAAUGGCUCCACAUCCCUCUGGAGCUGCUAUUCACCAGUAAUGCUGUGAUGUGGUGUUUGUUCCAGCUCCACAUCCCUCUGGAGCUGCUAUUCACCAGUAAUGCUGUGAUGUGGUGUUUGUUCCAGCUCCACAUCCCUCUGGAGCUGCUAUUCACCAGUAAUGCUGUGAUGUGGUGUUUGUUUCAGCUCCACAUCCCUCUGGAGCUGCUAUUCACCAGUAAUGCUGUGAUGUGGUGUUUGUUUCAGCUCCACAUCCCUCUGGAGCUGCUAUUCACCAGUAAUGCUGUGAUGUGGUGUUUGUUCCAGCUCCACAUCCCUCUGGAGCUGCUAUUCACCAGUAAUGCUGUGAUGUGGUGUUUGUUUCAGCUCCACAUCCCUCUGGAGCUGCUAUUCACCAGUAAUGCUGUGAUGUGGUGUUUGUUCCAGCUCCACAUCCCUCUGGAGCUGCUAUUCACCAGUAAUGCUGUGAUGUGGUGUUUGUUUCAGCUCCACAUCCCUCUGGAGCUGCUAUUCACCAGUAAUGCUGUGAUGUGGUGUUUGUUUCAGCUCCACAUCCCUCUGAGGUUGCUGUGUGGAGGACUGCUAUUCACCAGUAAUGCUGUGAUGUGGACCUUCUUCUCCAAGGCUCUGAGACACUCCUCCUCCUCGGCCCGGGCCACGGUCACCACCACCGCAUCCAACUUUGUAUCCUCUGCAUUCCUUGGGAAGCUGAUCUUUGGCGAGAUCCACGCAGCACUGUGGUGGGUGGGCAUCUCUCUAACGCUGUCAGGUUUACUGGUGCUGCACGGAUCAACUUCUGAACCAGCAGAGGCCAAGAAGGAAGAGUGAAGGACUGUCCACAUGUGGAAUAAGAAGUGGAAUAACAAUACCACUGUAUCAAUCACCCCACUGGACCGCCUCGCCGUUCCACAAACGCUUUCUGACUCAAAUAAUCUGGAUCUCACGAGAACCAUGUUCUAUUACCACGAAGGGCUUUGAUGUUACAUCUGACUACAUGGAUUCUAACAUGUUACAUGGAUUCUAACAUGUUACAUGGAUUCUAACAUGUUACAUGGAUUCUAACAUGUUACAUGGAUUCUAACAUGUUACAUGGAUUCUAACAUGUUACAUCUGACUGUACAUGGAUUCUAACAUGUUACAUCUGACUGUACAUGGAUUCUAACAUGUUACAUCUGACUACAUGGAUUCUAACAUGUUACAUCCGACUGUACAUGGAUUCUAACAUGUUACAUCUGACUGUACAUGGAUUCUAACGUGUUACAUCUGACUGUACAUGGAUUCUAACGUGUUACAUCUGACUACAUGGAUUCUAACGUGUUACAUCUGACUACAUGGAUUCUAACGUGUUACAUCUGACUACAUGGAUUCUAACAUGUUACAUCUGACUGUACAUGGAUUCUAACAUGUUACAUCCGACUGUACAUGGAUUCUAACAUGUUACAUCUGACUGUACAUGGAUUCUAACAUGUUACAUCUGACUGUACAUGGAUUCUAACAUGUUACAUCUGACUACAUGGAUUCUAACAUGUUACAUCUGACUGUACAUGGAUUCUAACAUGUUACAUCUGACUGUACAUGGAUUCUAACAUGUUACAUCUGACUGUACAUGGAUUCUAACAUGUUACAUCUGACUGUACAUGGAUUCUAACAUGUUACAUCUGACUGUACAUGGAUUCUAACAUGUUACAUCUGACUGUACAUGGAUUCUAACAUGUUACAUCUGACUGUACAUGGAUUCUAACAUGUUACAUCUGACUGUACAUGGAUUCUAACGUGUUACAUCUGACUGUACAUGGAUUCUAACGUGUUACAUCUGACUGUACAUGGAUUCUAACGUGUUACAUCUGACUGUACAUGGAUUCUAACGUGUUACAUCUGACUGUACAUGGAUUCUAACAUGUUACAUCUGACUACAUGGAUUCUAACAUGUUACAUCUGACUACAUGGAUUCUAACAUGUUACAUCCGACUGUACAUGGAUUCUAACAUGUUACAUCCGACUGUACAUGGAUUCUAACAUGUUACAUCCGACUGUACAUGGAUUCUAACAUGUUACAUCUGACUGUACAUGGAUUCUAACAUGUUACAUCUGACUGUACAUGGAUUCUAACAUGUUACAUCUGACUGUACAUGGAUUCUAACAUGUUACAUCUGACUGUACAUGGAUUCUAACAUGUUACAUCUGACUGUACAUGGAUUCUAACAUGUUACAUCUGACUGUACAUGGAUUCUAACAUGUUACAUCUGACUGUACAUGGAUUCUAACAUGUUACAUCUGACUACAUGGAUUCUAACAUGUUACAUCUGACUACAUGGAUUCUAACAUGUUACAUCCGACUGUACAUGGAUUCUAACAUGUUACAUCUGACUACAUGGAUUCUAACAUGUUACAUCUGACUGUACAUGGAUUCUAACAUGUUACAUCUGACUGUACAUGGAUUCUAACAUGUUACAGCCGACAUGUUUCUACUCUGUCUUACCGUCUCUGGGUAUGAUAUGACCAAGGUCUGCACUCCAUACACAAACAUGAUCAGGCUUUUCUACACAUUAUUAUGUAAACAAAUACUUUCUUUAAUAGUACUGUUGAUAUGUAUAUUUUGGACAAUAUUGUAAUGACCUGUAAGACAAAAUGGGUAUCAAUUUAUUGAAAUUAGAGUUUUGUAAAUAAACCUUUACACUUAA